GGGUCAACUCAUUCAGCUGAAUAAAGUUCAUUAGUUUGACCGUGAGUGAGCAGGUCCGUCUCGUGUAUCUUUUCUGUCCAUUAUCUUUGAAUCCGUGUCCUCAUUAGGAUCAGGAAGAUUGUUAUUUAGCGGUAGUAUUUUGCAGCUAACUUAAAUUCAAUCAUGUCUCGAGUUCUCGUUGGAGUCAAGCGAGUAAUUGACUAUGCUGUUAAGAUUCGGGUCAAGCCGGACAAAUCUGGAGUAGUGACCGAGGGAGUGAAACACUCGAUGAACCCAUUCGACGAAAUCGCUGUUGAGGAAGCGGUCAAGAUGAAAGAGAAGAAAAUCGCUUCGGAAGUCGUGGCCGUUUCAGUUGGCCCAGCACAGGCACAAGAGGUGUUGCGCACGGCAUUGGCAAUGGGUGCAGAUCGAGGCAUCCAUGUCGAGGUAGCCGGUAAAGACUAUGAUCUGCUUCAGCCGAUACAUGUGUCAAAGAUUUUGGCCAAGCUGGCACAAGAUGAGAAAGCAGAUCUUGUCAUUCUUGGCAAACAGGCCAUCGAUGACGACUGCAACCAGACCGCUCAGAUGACUGCGGCGCUACUCGAUUGGCCUCAAGCGACGUUCGCUUCCAAAGUGGAAAAGACGAGCGACGGUUUGACGGUCAUUCGCGAGGUCGAUGGCGGAUUAGAAACCAUCAAAACGAAGGUUCCGGCUGUAAUCAGUGCCGAUUUACGCCUCAACACUCCGCGGUAUGCCACUUUGCCAAACAUUAUGAAAGCUAAGAAAAAACCGAUUAAGAAAUUGGCCCCGAAAGAUCUCGGAGUAGACACUACACCGCGUAUCGAAAUCGUUUCGGUGGAGGAUCCACCGGUGCGUCAGGCUGGAUCAAUUCUGCCCGAUGUGGAUACCCUCCUGGGCAAACUGCGUGACGGCGGCCACAUUAAGUAACUCCGGACGGUAGUCUUUACCCGUAAUAAAGUGCAUUUUUUUUAUUCGUUUUCUAUCUGUUUAUAAAACCAUCAGACCGAAGGUGUUGUAUUGGAUUAUGUUUGUAGUAGAUAGCGAAAUACAAUCAAGAAUAAAGAAAACAGAAAAAUCGAGUGCU